AAAAAAUAUCCUAUUGUAAAUCCUGUUUCAUAGGAUAUUCUGACAGAUGCUUUAUGGUGUCAGUUUCUCCACGACUUGAUUAAAAUGAAAAUGGGUGUGUUAAUUAAACUCUUUUUAUUUUGUUUCGGAUGGAUUACGUUAUCGUCUGCUCAAGAGAAAGGCCUUUUUCCAUCUGUCAAUAACUUGGCUGCAAAUGCAAUUAUCAAUGCCAACGCAACAUGUGGUGAAUCCGAACCUGAGGUUUACUGUAAAUUAGUCGAACAUGUAUUUAUGAGAGAGCCUCAGUGUGGUUUAUGUGAUGCUAGGAGUGACAAUCUUGAGCAUAGGCACCCUAUUAUCAAUGCCAUUGAUGGGACCAAUAAAUGGUGGCAAAGUCCAACACUUCAAAAUGGAAAGCAUUUUGAAUGGGUCACUAUUACAUUGGACUUAAAACAGGUCUUUCAAAUUGCUUACAUUAUUGUAAAAGCUGCCAUUUCUCCAAGACCAGGGAAUUGGAUUUUGGAACAUUCCAAGGAUGGAUUAAGUUAUAAACCAUGGCAGUAUUAUGCAAUCAGCGAUGCUGAAUGCUGGGAAGCUUUUGGAAUCAGACCAACAGUUGGAAAGCCCAGAUAUCGAAGUGAUGAUGAAAUUAUAUGCACCUCAUAUUACUCAAAGUUGAAUCCUCUAGAAGGGGGUGAAAUUCAUACUUCUCUAGUCAAUGGUCGGCCUGGUGCAGAAGGCCCUAGUGAUACUUUAAGGGAAUUUACUACAGCAAGAUAUGUCAGAUUGAGGCUACAAAAAAUCCGAACAUUAAAUGCAGAUCUCAUGACUAUGCAAUCUCGUGAUCCUCAAAAGAUUGACAAAUCAACUACAAGAAGAUACUUUUACUCCAUUAAAGAUGUCUCCAUCGGCGGCCAAUGUGUUUGCUACGGUCAUGCAAAGCACUGUCCUUUAAAUGCUGAAACAAAGUUACUGCAAUGUAAAUGUGAACAUAAUACAUGUGGAGAAAAUUGUGAGCAGUGCUGUCCAUUGUACCAACAAAAGCCUUGGCGUCCUGGUAGCGUUACUGAUGGAGCUGCUUGUGAAAAGUGUCAGUGUUAUGGUCAUGCUGAUAUUUGCUUUUAUGACCAGACAGUUGCUGAUAAAAAAGCUAGCUUGAAUAUUAAUGAAGAAUAUGAAGGGGGUGGUGUUUGCAUAAAGUGUAAGCAUCACACAACUGGAAUCAACUGUGAACAGUGUGAAGAUGGCUAUUAUAGACCUCUGGGUGUUGAAAGAUCUGAUCCAGAACCUUGUCGCAGGUGUCGAUGUGCAGGACCUGGUGUUACGGGGUUUUGUGUUAAAGAUGAUUCUUAUGUAUUAGAAGGAGUGUAUCCCGGUGAUUGCAUUUGCAAAGAAGGAUUUGCUGGAAGCAAAUGUGACCAUUGUGCAUUGGGGUAUAAGCAGUAUCCAGUUUGUGAACCUUGUCCUUGCAAUUCUGCAGGAACUGAUGGUGAAAAAACCUGUGAAGGACAGUGUAUUUGCAAAAAAAACGUCGAAGGUGUUCGCUGUGAUUAUUGCAAGCCAGGUCAUUACAACUUGGAUGCUGAGAAUUCGGACGGUUGCACGCCUUGCUACUGCUCUGGAAUAACCAGUCGUUGCCAACCAAGUGAUUGGGGUGUAAAAGUGAUUCAUUCUUUAAAUGGUUGGAUGGUUAGUGACUUGUAUGGACUACAUGUUGCGGCUCCUGUGGGUGAAGAUGGAUAUUUGCAAAUAACAAAUGAAGCAAUGAUGGGAUUUGAUAAUUACUACUGGAUGGCACCACCUGAUUAUCUGGGCAAAAAGCUUUAUUCAUACGGAGGUGAAUUAAGGUAUGUUAUUGGAUAUACAGUCUUUGAAGAUGAUGGCACUCAAAGUGAUGCUCCUGGAAUUAUUCUCGAGAGUGAUUAUGUCCGCAUCGGCUAUUAUUUUGGAACUCGUCAGAUUCAAGGAAAUAUUACAGUCACCCUCCCAUUACAAGAAAGAGCUUGGUCUCAUCUCACUGCUGCUGGAAAGAGAAGUCGUGCAGUCACCAAAGAAACUUUUGCUUUGGUGCUGAACAAUGUCUCUCGACUCCUCAUCCGCGCGAAAUAUCACUCUGAUCAGAUUCUGGGCAUACUCUACAAUGUGGAAAUGGAAAUUGCAGACAGAUGGUCAAGCAGUUUGAAAAAAAUGCUGACAGUUGAAAAGUGUGAAUGUCCUUUGGGAUAUGCUGGACUUUCAUGUGAAAUCUGUGAACCUGGUUAUAGAAGAAUCAAUGAAACCCUUCACAAGGGAACUUGUGAGCAGUGCCAGUGCUAUGGUCAUGCCGGGUCAUGUGAUCCUUAUUCUGGACAUUGCAUUAACUGUGAUCAUAAUACAACUGGGGAGCAUUGUGAAAUGUGUAAAGAAGGUUUCCAUGGUAACCCAUACAGAGGCACCCCAGAAGACUGCCAGCCCUGCGCCUGUCCCUUAUUGAAUCCAGAAAAUAAUUUUUCCCCAGUUUGCAAGGACAUAGUCACAACUGAAGGGGUCACUGAUUAUAUUUGUACAGCUUGUGCUGUUGGCUAUUCUGGAAAUAAAUGUGAAAGAUGCAGUACAGGAUUUUUCGGUACACCAGGAUCACCUGGAGGCUCUUGCCAGCCCUGUGACUGCACAGGGAAUGCAAACACAUUUGAUCCGAACUGGUGUGAUCAUAUAACUGGCGAAUGCUUGAAGUGUACAGGAAAUACUGGAGGAUGGCACUGUAGUGAAUGCCUGGAAGGGCAUUAUGGAAAUGCUUAUGAACAUGUCUGUAAACCCUGCGAGUGUAGCCCUGUUGGAUCCGAAAGCUCUAUCUGCCAUCCUGGCAAUGGUGUGUGCGAAUGCCGACUGCGGUACACUGGGAAGAACUGUGAUCGGUGUGAGGAUGGAUAUGGCAAUGUGGAACUCGGUUGUAUCAAAUGUCAGUGCAAUGAAACAGGAACAUUAAGAGAAAAACUGAGCAAGUGCGAUCCUGUCUCUGGAAAAUGUGAAUGUAAACCAGGGGUUUCUGGUUUGAAAUGUGAUUCCUGCCUGGAAGGAUAUUAUCGCUUCUCGGAAAGUGGCUGCAAAUGGUGUGGUUGUGAUGCUGUAGGGUCUGCUACUAAACAGUGUGAUUCAACAGGCCAGUGUGUUUGUAAACCUAAUGUUACUGGUAAAAACUGCAGUUCUUGCAUUGUAAGAACUUGGAACAUCUUAUCUGGUAAUGGUUGUGAGGAGUGUAGAUGCAACCCCACUGGCUCAGUGAACCCCAUUUGUGAUGAGUUAUCUGGAAUGUGCGAAUGUCAUCCUGGAAUUGGUGGAGAUAAGUGCAAUAAGUGUUUGCCAGGCUACUAUGGCCAUUCAAAUAAAGGAUGCAAAAAAUGUGAACCAUGUAAAAUUCCUGGACAUAUUUGUGAUCCUGAUACAGGCUUCUGUGUCUGCCCACCCAAUACAGAAGGUGAAUACUGUCAGAGAUGUACCCAAUCCUCCUGGGGGUAUGAUCCUUUGCAUGGUUGUCAACCAUGCAACUGUAAUUGGCGUGGUUCUCCUAGUGAUAUAUGUGAUGUAGACAAUGGAAAUUGUCUUUGCUCUGAGGGCUACGAAGGAAGGCGCUGUGACAAGUGCAGAUUUGCUCAUUUCCAAUUCCCACUAUGUCUCAAGUGCGAAUGUGAAUAUGAUGGAACAGAGAGCUCACAAUGUACUGCUGAAGGGCUAUGUCAGUGUGAUGAGAAUGGUCAAUGCCCUUGUAAGGAGAAUGUGGAAGGAUCAAAGUGUAAUGUAUGCAAACCUGGGACAUUUGGCUUAACAGUUGAUAAUCCAAAAGGAUGUUAUGAGUGCUUUUGCUUCCAGCGAUCUAGUUCUUGCAAACAGGCUGAAAUGGUUUGGUCAAAGAUUACAUCACCUGCUAGAGAAGUUCAGUUUGAGUUGGGUAACACACCUUUAGCAUCAAAACAUGGAUUUCCUUUAGUGGGAGGUCAAACAGGCAAUGUGAAAAUGGGAAUUCCAUUCGUUUUAACCCAACCAAUAUAUUGGAUGCUGCCCCGUGAAUAUCUUGGAGAAAAGACAAGAUCAUACAAUGGCUUAUUUAGUUUUCAUAUUGAAAGUCAGAGUGCUAAACGUUAUCCUGAUCCUUUGCUAUACAAAUAUCCACUGGUGAUCAUGCAUGGAAAUCGAGUGACUCUUGCACACUCUCCAUUCUUGCCUAUUUCUGGUGGCAAACACACUGUUCGUUUUCAUGAAAAUGAAUGGACUCAGUUGGAAAAUCCUGAAGUUCCUGUUACAAGAAUGCUAAUGAUGUUUGCUUUACAAAAUGUUCAAUAUAUAAUGAUUAGAGCUACUGAGGGAGCUGAUGUGAAAAUUGUUAGUGGAAAUGUUUUAAGAAUUAAAGACAUUAGUAUGGAAAUUGCUGUACAUUUGUCACCCACUCCUGCUUCCCCAUACGUUGCAGUUGGUAUUGAAAUGUGCGACUGUCCAAAAGAGUACAGUGGAUUAUCGUGCCAGGAUCCUGGCAAAGGUUUCUACAGAAAGAUGAAAUCUCUGAAUGAAAGUAAAGAACUAAUAGAUUUAAUUGGAGAAUCUGCUAAGUGCCCAUGCAAUAACAGGAGUGAAAUGUGUGAUCCAAACACUGGGCAUUGUCAGAAUUGUCGAGAGAACACCACAGGUGCUUUCUGUGAACUUUGUGCUAAAGGAUAUUUUGGUGACCCUUUGAGAUCUCCUUGUCGCCCAUGUGAAUGCCCUCUUGCAAAUAACAGUUUCAGUGACACUUGCGAAAGUGAUAUACAUGACUUCAAAAAUCUCUCCAAGACUGAAAUGGGCAAGACAAAAGACCAUGCUUGCACUAACUGUCAAACUGGUUAUGAAGGCAAAAACUGUGAAAGAUGUUCAAGAGGGUAUUAUGGCAAUCCUGAAAUGUCAGGAGGAAGUUGCCAGCCUUGUAACUGUAACCCUUAUGGAUCUUUGGAUCGUAUUUGUGAUCGUAUGACGGGCCAAUGUCAUUGCAGAAAAGAUAUUAGUGGGCGAGACUGUACCCAGUGUAGUGCACGUUUCAUUCUUACUGAUGCUGGCUGCAAGUCUUGUGAUGAUGAGUGCCUUGGUCCUCUAUUGAAUGAUGCUGAUUUUUUGAUUGAAUCUGCUAAAGGAUUUAAUCUCUCAUCUUUUGUGCCUCCAGCCUGGGUUCCAUUGUUAAAAUUGGACAAUCAAACAAUCUCGCUACAGAAAUCUCUUUCAAGAUACUUUGAGGUGAUUGACAUUGCACAGAAUAUUUCUCGUAACUUUUCUACCCAGUUUGAUUUUGAAACUCUUGCUGAUUUGAUGUAUCUUCGGGGUCGUGAUUUAAAUUUAAGAGCUCCCCAUCUUGCUUUUGAUUCUUUAGAGAUCAAGGAAGAUGCUGAAUCUUUGUAUAAGAAUUUAGACAAAAUAUGGAACAACAUUUUUGAUUCUGUGCAUCGUUUGCAAGAACAAGGUACAAAUUUAAACUUCUCAGAGGCUGCAGUUGCUGAAAGAAUCGCCUAUGCAGAGGAUGUCCUGCAACAGAUUGUGAGAAGAGAUAUUGAUGAAAUUAGAGAGGAAGCUGAAAGAGAAAUGAGAAAAGCAACUCAAAUAUCUGAAGCUGUGAAGAAUGCAAUUAUGGACUUCAACUCAUACGUGUAUGGUGAAAACACACUUAACAAUUUAACAAACCUUUUAAGUGAUUUCAUUCAUCUCAUUGAGAGAAAAAUUCGACUAACUUCUGUGAAAUCCUCAAUUAUGGUCUGUGAUAAUCGUGAAAUAGUGGCCAACAUACAUUUGCUUGCUGAUGCUGAAAAGUUCAUUUCUAAUGUGUCUUCCAUUUUGGAGGAAGCUUUGCCACUACAACUUUUGUUAGAAAAUGCAACUCAGCAGUUGGAGCAUCACCGAGGUAUUCUUGCUAGAGUAAAUCCCAGAUAUAUUCAAAAAUUUGUCAUACCAGCCGUUGAACAUGCAGAACAUAUCACACAACAAGCUGAAUACUUGCAAGAUCUUUUUAGCUCAUCUAAAAUUGCAUCUCAAUUUCCAUUGCUUGCUGCUAAAGUUUACGACGAUAUCAUGGACAAUAUAGAUGGAGCAGAGCAAGUGGCCUUGCAAACUUAUAAUUCUGCAGAUCGAGCUUAUUAUGAGGCGGAACCUGGCCGUAAAGACUCCAUAUCUAGCCAGGCAGUUGUUUUCAAGAAAAGAAGCAGGCAACUCAAAGAAGAAGCAGAAGAACAAAGACUUGAUGUUUUAGCUGCUCAAACAUCUUUAGAGAGAAAACUGAAAGUUCUUAAGAAAAUUUCUGAAGAUAUUAAGCUUGUCAUUUCUUCUGUUGAUGAUUUCAAAAAGGAUAUAAAUUCCUUGACUAAAGGCAUUGGUGAUAAACUCCAUGAUGUUGAAGAUGAGCAUAGAACUAUCAAAAAGAAAAUGGUAGUUGUGCAUUCGAAAAUUGAUGACCUCGUUGAUUUACUGAAUGAAGAACUAUUUCCUAAGCUUGAAAGUCUACGGGUACAAUCACCUGCUGGAUUAUCCAACACGUCACAAACAAUUGAAUUUGCCAAAACAACUGUAAAAAAUGCGAAUAAAAAGGCAGGUUCGAUUGAGAGAAGAGUUCAACGAAUAAAAGUAACAAAUCAGCAGAUGAAGUUAAACGUCAGAGAUUUGAAAAAUAAAAUUCUUCUUGCGCGUCAAAAAGCAUCUAAUAUUCGUGUCUCCUUGAGUGCUGAUAGUGCCGGCAUAUGUGUUCGUUCCUUCCGUCCAGAAAUAGAACCUACCACUACAACGAGUAUUGUUUUACAUUAUGCCAUUAAAACCGAUGUCAAAGACAGUUUGCUUUUGUUUUUAGCUAGCUCUGUCACUAAAGAUUUUAUGAUUGUGGAGAUGGUAGACAGAAAAAUAAGAUUUUUAUGGAAUGCUGGUGGAGGUACUCAGGUGCUACAACAUGGAUUGGCCAUUGAAACUAAUGAUGAACAACUUUUGCGAGAUGAACGAUGGUACAAGAUUGAAAUUAAUAGGUAUGGAAAUGUUGCCACAUUAAGUGUAAAACCAACACCAUUAGGACAUGAAAAGGAUCGACGAGAAGUGACUGCAGCUUCACCCCCAGGAUAUUCAAAAAUGGAUUUGGAUUCCAGUUCAUUCUUUUAUAUCGGAGGAACCCCGAAAGGCUAUAGGGUACCGAGAGAGCUGAAAGCGAGAAAUUUUGCUGGAUGCCUCUAUGAAGUUAUUCUAGAUGGGAAGAAAGUAGGACUUUGGAAUUUCAUUACUAAUCAAGGAUGUGAUGGUUGUAAGGAAGGUGCGGCUGAGCAAGCAGAUUUUAAUUCAUACAGUUUUCGAGGUGAUGGCUAUGCAAUUCUUCCGCAAAUCAAACGCUACAAAAAACGUUCCUAUGUCAUUGUUUUAAGAUUUAAAACUUAUGAUGAAGAUGCUUUGUUGUUUUUUGCUCCAAAUACUGAUAAUAAUGAUUUUGUAUCUCUGGAGCUACGUGAUGGUCAUGUUGUGUAUCAAUUUAAUUUAGGAAGUCAAUCAAGGUCCGUACUUAAAACGGAAAAGAAGUAUAAUACAGGGAACUGGAUUCGAGUGGCUGCACAAAGAGAGAAUCUUCAAGGUCGGUUGUCAGUUGAAGAUGAAUAUUUAGAUGGCCAGCUUCCUGCGAACAGCCCAACAGUGAUGGAACUUCAAAAAAGUUUUCUGUAUUAUGGAGGAGUUCCACCUAACUUUACUACUUCUGUUUGGAGUGGCAUAGCAUUUCAAAAAUUCUUUGGAUGCAUGAAAGAUCUUCAAAUUGACUCAACUCCCCUCGAUUUGCUCCAGAAUAGUUCUUAUGGUGUUGAAGCAGGUUGCAAAGAUUCUCCGAUAAAAGUUGUCGGGUUCCGUGGUAGUGGUUACGUUGAAAUGAAAGGGCAGCCUCUUCUAGAAAACUCCAGUUUCAGCUUUUCCUUCCAAACUGUCCAAGAUUCUGCUGUGCUACUUCUCUCCACAUUCGAUUCCGGAAAAAAUUUAGAAACGAAGAGACAGGAUUUUUAUUCAGUUGCUCUCAUUGAUGGCUUCAUCGAAGCGAGAUUUAGUGGAGGAAAUGGAGAAGCAAAAAUUGUUUCAAAAAUCAAGUAUAAUGAUGGAAUUUACCAUACUAUAACAGUCAUGAAGACUCAUAGAAAGGUUGUUCUGCAUGUCGAUGAUGUUGAAGUAGGAUUUGAUCGUUUGGUGAAAGGAUCAAAGGAUAUUGAUGCUCCACCUCAGCGAGGACUGUUUUUUGGUGGCUUCAAAGAAAGCAUAGACUCCAGCUCAAUGAUUUCUACGCAAGCUAAUCUUUUUGGUGUGAUAAAAGAUUGCAUUUUCAACGAUAAGUUAUUAUAUUUCAAUGAACCAGUAACUUUCAAAGGAGUUGGCAUUGGGCGUAAUCAAAAAGAUUGGUUUGGUAUUGAAACUCCCUAUGCAGGAAUAAUACAACCUUUAGAGCGAUGUGCAGAAAUGGCAUCCUACAACUUGGAGAAAAGAGCAGUUAGAUUUGGAGAUGAAUCAUUUAGCCAUGCUAAGGUUACAGUUGGACGAAAAGAUUUUGUUCAUGAUUUUAAUGUGACCUUUGAUUUGCGAACCUAUUAUGCAAAUGGAUUACUUACCCUGGUGAAAAAUGGACGCAGUGUUUCUCAUUUUGCAAUAAUGUUGCUCGGUGGAAGGGCAGUCAUAAACAUAUAUGACAGAAAAGCUCGUCGAAUUCCACAUCCUAGUCUUCUUAAUGAUGGAGCUUGGCACAGUAUCUCUGUAAUCAAAGUCAGCAGAGGUUUAACCUUUUACGUGGACUCCAAUGCAAAAAGUGGUGGCUUAAAGAUGAAAGUGAGACGCCGACUAGCUCUCAGGUCACCCUUAUAUGUGGGUGGUGUUCCAGAAGAUAUGGGAGAUAUCCAUAAAGUGGUAUUGGAAAGCUUUAAAGGCUGCAUCAGAAAUUUCCACUUAAACGGCAAAUAUCUGGAUAUUGCUAGAGAAGAGUUACAGCAUGUUGGACAAUGUUUUUCAACAAUAGAACCUGGGGCAUAUUUUCCUGGCGAUGCUUAUGCUAUCUAUGAUAAAAACUUCAACUUGGGAAUUAAGUUGGACAUACAAGUUGAAUUCAAAACAAAGAGACAAAAUGGCAUCUUAUUGGCUCUAUCCGAAGGUUUUGGCAUACCAUCCAUAGCUUUAGAACUGAAUAAUGGAAGUGUUGUAAUAUCUGUAAUACUUGGAAAUGAAGAAAGACCUUUUAGUGCUGUGAGAACAUUUGAGUCUGCGUAUCAUGUUUGUGAUGGUCAGUGGCAUAUGGUUACUGCUCAAUAUGCUCAUAAAGCUGUGACGCUGAAAGUAGACUUGUUCGAUGUUGUGGUUGGACUCAGCCAGAGUGUGCCCCUAGAGCCAAAUACUUCAACACCUUUGUAUAUUGGUGGAGUACCAGACGAUGUCCCGACGGGAGCACUUCUUGGCAGAAAUAAUUUUAUUGGCUGCCUAAGAAACAUCGCAAUAAAUGACAGAAGAGUGGAAUGGAUCGACAUGGCUGCUAGGCACAAUGUUGGACCUACUGCUUGUCCCACAUUUUGAAUUCUA